GCCCUGGCCCCCUUCAAGCCCUCCCUCCCAGCACGUACACUUUCACUUUCUUUGUCUUAAAUCAUCUCCCUCCUCUCUCUCUCUCUCUCUCUCUCUGUCCAAACGGACUUAACUAUGGUUCAAUUGAAUUAACCUCAUCAAACAUCACAUCUUCUCUCUCUCUCCUUCCUCAUGCUUUUGGCUAAUCUUGUUACUUUAGUCCCACCGCCGGCUCCGCACAGUCGCCAAUAAUACUACUCUCUUCUGCAUCAUCCCUCAAGUUCCCAUUUCAAAAGAUAAUAUUUUGAUUACAGGCUUGAAAAUACCGACAGAGUAAGAUAGAUAGGGUUUAAAGCCAUUAGAGAUCCCUACAAAUUCAAGAUGAUGAUGUUCGAUGAGAUGGGAUUUCUUGGUGAUAUGGAUUUCUUCUCUGCGCCUUUUGGAGAAGAUGUGGCUGCUCCGCAAGCUGAGCCGGAGCCUACUGUGGAGGAUGAUUAUAGUGAUGAGGAGAUUUAUAUUGAUGAGCUUGAGCGCAGGAUGUGGAGGGACAAGAUGCGUCUUAAAUGGCUGAAAGAGCAGAUCAAGAGUAAAGAAGGUAUUGAUAUUGCUAAGCAGAGGCAGUCACAGGAACAAGCUAGGAGGAAGAAGAUGUCAAGGGCUCAAGAUGGGAUCUUAAAAUAUAUGUUGAAGAUGAUGGAAGUUUGUAAAGCUCAAGGCUUUGUUUAUGGGAUUAUUCCUGAGAAAGGAAAGCCAGUGACUGGGGCAUCAGAUAAUCUUCGAGAGUGGUGGAAGGAUAAAGUAAGGUUUGAUCGAAAUGGUCCGGCUGCCAUUGCCAAGUAUCAAGCGGAUAAUUCGAUCCCAGGCAAGAAUGAGGGUUGUAAUUCAAUUGGUCCAACUCCACAUACCUUGCAGGAGCUUCAAGAUACUACUUUGGGUUCGCUUUUGUCAGCUUUGAUGCAGCACUGUGAUCCUCCUCAGAGGCGGUUUCCAUUGGAGAAAGGUAUUCCUCCACCAUGGUGGCCCAAUGGAAAUGAAGAGUGGUGGCCUCAAUUAGGCUUACCUAAGGAACAGGGUCCUCCACCUUAUAAGAAGCCUCAUGACUUGAAAAAGGCAUGGAAGGUUGGGGUUCUUACUGCAGUGAUCAAACAUAUGUCUCCAGACAUUGCCAAAAUUCGCAAGCUUGUGAGACAGUCAAAGUGUUUACAGGACAAAAUGACAGCUAAGGAGAGUGCAACUUGGCUUGCAAUUAUUAACCAAGAGGAGGCAUUGGCCCGAGAGCUUUACCCUGAUUCAUGCCCACCCUUGUCAUCGACUGGAGGGAGUGGUUCAUUAGUGAUUCAUGAUUGCAGUGAAUAUGAUGUUGAAGGGGUUGAAAAUGAGCCGAACUUUGAUGUGCAAGAGUGCAAACCUGAGAAUCUGAAUUCCAAUUUGGGAAUGGAGAGAAUGAGGGAAAGGCUUCCACUUCGACAACCUUCUUAUCCGAUUAAGGGAGAGAUUGUCACUAAUGUUGAUUUUAUUAGGAAGAGAAAACCUCCCAGUGAUAUAGACAUGAUGGUGGAUCAGAAGAUAUAUACAUGUGAGUUUGUUCAAUGUCCUUACAGUCAACUCCGUCUUGGUUUUAAUGAUAGGGCUUCUAGGGACAAUCAUCAAUUAAAUUGCCCAUAUAGAUGCUCUCUGGACUUUGGAGGAUCAAAUUUUCACUGUAAUGAAGUGAAGCCUGUUAUCUUUCCUCAUCCAAAGCCAGCUCCUCUAAUGGUGAAUGCAGCUCCACCUACUUUCGAUCUAUCAGGAGUUCCGGAAGAUGGGCAAAAGAUGAUCAGUGAACUCAUGUCAAUCUAUGACACUAACAUCCAAGGAAACAAGAAUACAAAUGCUGGCAACAAUGGGGUCAAUGUCAAUGAAAGUCACAGUCUUUUCCAGCCAAAAAUUCACCAUCAUCAUCAACCGGACAACUACUUCCGAGGUCAAGCGAAUGUGAUAGAGGGAAAUAUUUUUGAAGAAUCCAAUAUUCAUAAUAACCAUCAAAUGUUUUCUCAGGAUAGUAAUCAAUUUGAAAGGUUUAAAGCUUUGAAUUCUCCAUUUGAGAGCAACCACCACCCCACCGCCGCCGCCACCAACAACAGCAGCUUUAAGUUCGGAUCUCCAUUCGAUUUAGCUUCCUUUGACUACAAAGAAGACUUGCAAGGCUUGGUAAUGGAUGCUCUGCCAAAACAGCAGGAUGUUUCAAUCUGGUUCCAGUGAAGAAAUAAACACACAGAUUUCGAAUCACUCUCCAUAUGAGAGAUGAACUAUCUUUUAUCUUGUUUAGGCUCUGCAAAAUCCAGUGAAAGCUUCACUGGCUUUUAAGAACUGUUUUAUCAUUUAAAUGUAUUUCCCUUAUCUUUGUAGUUCUAGAAGAUUUAGAUAGCUAUAAGCAAUGGCAAGCAAUGGGCUAAUAAAGAAGUUAGCAAAGUCCCAAAAAUCGCCUCUUGCCGUUGAUUACUAUAAUUAUAUACACAAUAUAAGACUGUGAAAUAAAUAAGUAAUUAGUGUUUUGCUGUAUUUUAUUGUUGUGGGUUUCAUCAGUUCAGCCCUUGUGGUCAGGAAUCUGAUGGCAAGUGUUUGUUUAAGUUGUCUUGUAAUGGAAAGGGUUUGUCAUUUUAUGGA